ACGACGAAAAAAAAUUAUCAAGCAAGCUAAAGGUUAUUUUGGCUCUAAACGAAAAUUAUUUAGAACAGCUAAAGAGCAAGUUAAUAAGUCAUUGACUUACGCUACUCGGGAUCGAAAAGUUGAAAGGAGAUGCAAGCGCCAAGACUGA